UCUAUUUCACCUUCCUAGGGAGAUCCAUGCCUUCCCACUACAGCCCUCCUUACUUAGCGUCUCUGGGUCUAUGGAUUGUCCAGGGCUGUGCUACAUCGCGCCCCCUGGUGGAUGCGAAGCUUAUAGCAUCCCCAGGCAGCUAAAGUGCUUCGAGAAGGUUCUCUGAGGAUAGCCUUUUUUUUCCGACAGCAAUGGAGGGAGAGAGCAGAUACCUCCAGGAUGAAGAGGGUGUCACUGGAUGUGAGGACUGUGUCGUCAUCAAUGGGACCUGCAGUGGCCAGUCCUCAGACACUGCCAAUGGUCCCUUGAUCCACGUCUUGGAGGCAGUCUGCACGGUGGAGAGCAGAGACUGCAGAACAAGCUCACGACCAGCCAAGAGGAAGGUCUCCAGCACGAUUGCUGACAUUCAGGACCUGACAGGAGAUGGAGAUGAAGGUGGAGAUGGCGAGGUGGAGGACAGCCGUGGCUCUGGCACCCCAGUGACGCCCAAACUCUUCUGGAAGGCCAGGACACCCUCUAAGUCCCCAACAUCCCUGAGUUGGCAAGCAACCGCUUCAGCAAGCAUGUCAUGGCUGUCCCCUGCCAGCCCUUACCCUAUCAUUGACCUCACAGAUGAAGAAGUGAUACCCCAGAGCAUCAGUACCCCAUUGGUUGACUUGAGCCAGGACAGCUAUCAGGAGGAUACCACACAGGUGGAUGUGGAAAGCAGAGAUGGAGAUAACACCAAUUAUCAGAGAGCCAGGGUGCGAGCUGGCAAGACCUUCCCCAGCAGCCCGGGAGACUCGCUGGAGGACCAGCUGAAGCCCGUGCUGGAGUGGGCCCACGGCGUCGAGGGCCUCAAACCAAACAGCAAGCAACCAGAGAACAAAGAUCGAAGACGCACCACCAAUGACUCUGCCGCUUCUGAGUACUAUCCCACACCCAAGCGCCUCAAGACAAACAGCUGUGGAGGGAAAGACCGAGGGGAGGAUGACGAGAGCCGAGAAAGGAUGGCUUCUGACGUCACCAACAACAAGGGCAAUCUGGAAGACCGCUGUUUGUCCUGCGGUAGGAAGAACCCUGUGUCCUUCCAUCCCCUCUUUGAGGGUGGGCUCUGCCAGAGUUGCCGGGAUCGCUUCCUGGAGCUCUUCUACAUGUAUGAUGAGGACGGCUAUCAGUCCUACUGCACCGUGUGCUGCGAGGGCCGGGAGCUGCUUCUCUGCAGCAACACCAGCUGCUGCAGGUGCUUCUGUGUGGAGUGUCUGGAGGUGCUGGUGGGGACAGGGACAGCGGAGGAUGCCAAGCUGAAGGAACCCUGGAGCUGCUAUAUGUGCCUACCACAGCGCUGCCAUGGUGUCCUCAGGCGCAGGAAGGAUUGGAACAUGCGCCUGCAAGACUUCUUCACGACUGAUCCUGACCUCGAAGAAUUUGAGCCGCCCAAGUUGUACCCAGCAAUUCCCGCAGCCAGGAGGAGGCCCAUUAGAGUCCUGUCCCUGUUUGAUGGAAUUGCGACAGGGUACUUGGUGCUCAAAGAGUUGGGUAUCAAAGUGGAAAAGUACGUCGCCUCCGAAGUCUGUUCAGAGUCCAUCGCUGUGGGAACCGUUAAGCAUGAAGGCCAAAUCAAAUACGUGGAUGACGUCAGGAACAUCACAAAGGAAGAUGUUGAUGAGUGGGGCCCAUUCGACUUGGUGAUUGGUGGAAGCCCUUGCAAUGACCUCUCCUGUGUGAAUCCUGUCAGGAAAGGCCUGUUUGAGGGCACCGGCCGACUCUUCUUCGAGUUUUACCGGUUGCUGAAUCACGCACGCCCUGAGGAGUGUGACAACCGUCCGUUCUUCUGGAUGUUUGAGAAUGUGGUGGCCAUGGAGGUGGGUGACAAGAGGGACAUCUCACGGUUCCUGGAGUGUAACCCAGUGAUGAUCGAUGCCAUCAAGGUUUCUGCCGCUCACAGGGCCCGAUACUUCUGGGGCAACCUCCCUGGGAUGAACAGGCCCGUGAUAGCUUCAAAGAAUGAUAAGCUCGAGCUGCAGGACUGCUUGGAGUUCAGUAGGACAGCAAAGUUAAAGAAAGUACAGACAAUAACCACCAAGUCGAACUCCAUCAGACAGGGGAAAAACCAGCUUUCCCCUGUAGUCAUGAAUGGCAAGGACGAUGUUUUGUGGUGUACUGAGCUCGAAAGGAUCUUCGGCUUUCCUGCCCACUACACAGAUGUCUCCAACAUGGGCCGUGGUGCCCGCCAGAAGCUGCUGGGAAAGUCCUGGAGUGUGCCAGUCAUCAGACACCUCUUUGCCCCCUUGAAGGACUACUUUGCAUGUGAAUAGUUCUACCCAGGACUGGGGUCUUGGGGCUAAUGCCAGCUGUUAGGAGUCAUACUGGUCCUGGAAGCACCCCAGCUCUGCCCUUCCUUAGCUCGCCUCUGUGGGGUCUCACUAUAUACUCAGUCUUUUCUGCUCGGUGGUAGCAGAGCCUCCUGGCCCUACAGGGGAACCUACUUGUGCACAGCUCAGAUCUGGCAUCUUACAGUGGCCCAACGUGGUUCUUAUGUUUUCCCAGUUUUAAACUUUACAACCAAGCCGGGCGGUGGUGGCACACACCUUCACUCCUGGAGCUCGGGAGGCAGCGGCAGACGGAUCUCUCUGAGUCUGAGGCCAGCCUGGGCUACAGAACAAGUUCCAGGACAGCCAAGGUUACACAGAGAAACUCUGUACUGCAAACCCCAAACCAAAACCCCAAAACCAGAGUCAUGUGACAACAUGGGAGAAACUGUGCUUUGUUUCAACAGUUUUUUGCUGAUUUCUAGGCUGAAAGAUGACAGAUGAAGAGCUUACCCUUUUGUUUAAUUAAAGUCAAUAUUUCUCAUCUGUA